UAUUAAUUUUGUUUGUUGAGUGUCGUGUUGAUAUUUGGGAAAAUUAUUCUAAUUGAAUUUUAAAAAGAAGCUAGCCCAUGUAAAUGAAUAUAUAUUUAAACACAAUGUCCAAGUCUUGGUGCGUGGUUGAGUUUUCCGAUGGCGUUCAAAUUGUACCUCACUCAUGGAUAACUGGUGACAAAUGUUACUGGCCAACCUAUAGUGGUAUUAAUGCUCAAUCAUUAUUCAAGAAGGCAGUAGUUGAGUACCAAGCACCUGAUAAGAAUAACUGGGCGUUGUAUGCAAUGAGGAUUUUGGGUAUUUAUGACUCUUACGAACAGGCUGCGCCAAAGCUGAAAAAAGCUGAAAUCCAGUCAGAUAUAAAUUCUUCGGAUAAGGAUGAGUCCCGCUCCAAGAAAAGCCGUCGCGUGAGAAAGAGGGUUGUUCAUUCAAGCGAAGAGGACAACACGGAUCCUGAAGAUGAAAUUGAGGGAAUCGAGCCCUUUCCAACUCCGCCAACGAAGAAAGCGAAUUUGAAAAUAACCCCUAAUAGUCGAACUGACACACGCAUAUCUCAGUUACCUGAUCAGGAUCCAAGUCCAUCAACCUCAACCAAUAAGGCUUGCAACUCAUCAACAUUUAAUUUCUUCACUGCAACUCCAAGAUCAUUGACUAAUCCAAGAACAACUUCACAAACAAUAAGUGGUGGAACUUUUAAAACACUGAAAAAAAAUCUGACUUUAGAGAGUGAUGAGGAGAAUGGGAUAACAGAAAAUAAUGAGAACCAUUCAUCAUUUAUUUCACAAAUAACCCCAAGAAAUGAACAAGGGAACUGCGACUGUUGUAAAUCAUGUAAAGAUUCCAGAAACAAAACAAACAAUGAUAUCACGGAAAUAAAAAAUCAGUUAAAAUUACUGCUACAGACAUUAAGGGAGCGUCAAACGGACAUCCAAGAAAACCCAAACACUGAUGAAAUUAAUAGCUUUAGAGAAAAGCUACCUAUGAAAACAGCAGCUGAUGUUGAUUCCUGGGAACAGAUAUUGAAUUCUGUUGAUGAGCGCAAAAAAAUGGUGACGUAUCUGGCUAAAAUAGGUGGACACGAUAUCAAUACCAUUGUAAAAAACAUUUUGAAAGCUCUCUUCACUGAUUUUGUCGCAUCAAUGUACAACUGGGAGGGAAAGAAAAAUAAAAAAAUGUUGUCAUCCCUCAAUAACAUUGUUGAAUGUAUUAAAGAGGCAUCAAUGAAAAGUCCAAAUAGAUCAACAAAAGUAACAAAUCAGGAUAUUAUUGACUCUAUCAAGAAUUGGCUACGACAUGCGUCUGCCAGACUGAAUAACAGCCAGAAGAAAAAUCGAGAUGAAACUGGUUGAAUACUUAAUUUGAUACGCUAUUUUAUAUUAACAUGCAUAUUGUACUGUAUAAUAAUAUACAUUAGGUACUUAAUCAUACCUAACAAUAAAACAUAAUGUUUAUUCAUAAAAUUGCAAUUUAUUAUCCUAAUUAUUUUUCAGAAAAGCAAAUAAAUGAACCAUGGAUUUCAUUUAUAAAGGACACCCUGAAGGUCCUUACGGAAACGCUGAUCCGGUCAAAUCGAUCACCAGCUGAUGUGAUUUCUGUUUUUUUGAGAAAACAAAAAGCUGGUGAUCGGAUUAAUUGAAUCAGUGUUUCCGUAAAAGGCCCCAUUUUGGAUAUCCAUAAUAAAAUAAUAAUGGAUUUCCAGUGGAUAUGGAUAGGUUAUCUACAGGUUGUCUAUGAACCUUUACUAAAGAUA